UUGUGCGUCUGUUAAACGGACCCCGCCUCCUGCAGCGGGAGGAUGGAGGAGCUGGAGCCGUGAAAACACACCGAGAGCAGCCGAGGGAGAUGGAGACAGCCUGUGGGGCCGCAGGAGGAAGGAGCCCUGUGAACCAGAAGACUGCUCAGCUUGUUUCCUUGUCCUGAAGUGUCCCUGCAGAUCACCCCUCAUCUCACCAUGUCGCCUCAAGCCCCUAACCCUCCAACUGCCCAGACUGCCCAGCCCCCGGCCCCUGGCCCUCCAACUGCUCCAGCUGCCCAGCCCCCGGCCCCUGACGGGGGUUGGGGCUGGGUGAUUGUAGUGUCCAGCUUCCUGGCUCUGCUGCUGGGGUAUGGCUCUUCUCAGUCAGUGGGCGUCCUCUACCCUGAGUGGCUGCUCGCCUACGGGGAGGGGAAGGCCAUGACAGCCUGGGUGGGCUCAGCGGUGGGUGGAGUCGGACUCAUAGUGGGUCCUGUCUGCAGUGUUUGUGUGGUGAACUUCGGAGUUCGGCCCGUCACCAUCUUCAGCGGUGUGAUGGUGGCGGGGGGGUUUAUGCUCAGCGCCUUCGCCCCCAACGUCCCUUUCCUCAUCUUCUCUUACGGCAUCGUGGCCGGUGUCGGUUUAGGUCUCUUGUAUGCCGCCGUCGUCAUCAUCACCUGUCUGUACUUUGACAAGAAGAGAGGCCUGGCGCUGGGAAUAGUGAGCACAGGUACGGGCGUGGGAGGCGCCCUGUUUGCCACGCUGCAGAGUGAGCUCAUUGAGGUGUUCGGUCUGGAGGGCUGCCUCCUCAUCAUUGGAGCGCUGGCGCUCAAUGUGGUGCCAUGUGGCGGCCUCAUGCGACCUUUAACCGCGCCGAGGUACUACCUCAAACAGCGUGCUGCCAUCCUGGAGCAGCAUCAUCAGGAAGAGGUGAAAGAGGAAGAAGAGGAGUUGUCCAAUCAGGAGCCUUCAGCCAAAGAUCCUGUUGUUGUCAUGGAAACCAAGGAGCCACUUGUGAGGAGGAGGAGCUUUUUCAGCUUCUCGACCUUCGUCAAAAUGAUGAAACAUUAUUCCCAAUGUUUGUCCUCCAUGCUGUCUCUCCUUCAGGACAGAGUCCUCAUAGCGUUCUGUGUCACUUUCCUCCUCUUCUGCCUCGGUAGUUUCCCCCCUCAGAUGUUCAUGGAGGACCUGGCUCGGAGCUCAGGGCUGUCGAAGGGCGUCACCUCCAUCUCCCUGGUGUCCCUCAACUCUAUCGCAACUGGUGUGGGUAAAGUGGGGCUGGGUGUCAUAGCCGACGUGUCGUGUGUCAACAGCGUCUUCCUGUAUGCUCUGACGGUGGCGGUGAGCGGGCUGGGGGUGCUGCUCAUCCCCUUCGCCAGCUCGUACAUGGAGCUGCAGGUGCUGGCGGCGGUCCUGGGCUUUUCGAUCGGGAACUGGACUCUGACGCCGUACGUCACCAGUAAGGUAGUUGGCGUGGAGAAGCUCCCUGAGGCUCAUGGGAUCCUGAUGUUUUUCGGAGGUGUUGGCAUCACACUAGGCCCUCCUGUCGUAGGUUCUUUCUACGACUUCAGUCAGUCAUACGACCUCGCCUUCUACCUCAGCGGCGGCUGCAUGAUGGCCGGCAGCCUCCUCCUCUUCCUCACCGCCAUCUUGCCGCAAAAAGAAACCCCUCCUCUUCCUCCACCUGAGACCGAGCUCAUCAGCUGCACGGUCACCACGGCAACAGACGCUACCUCAACUGUCACCUGACACAACGAGCAAAUCAUGAUCCUCGAUCUGUAUGAAGACAUGUCUGAGAAGGUUAGCGUCUAACGAGUAAAACUGUAUUUUUUAAAUGAUUUUUUUCUAAACUUUUUUUUACUUGAUGCUGAAACUGAAGAUACUGAAACACUGAGACAGAUUUGUUGAUAAUAUAUUUACUGUUUAUUACAACCUGAAAUGUUUUUUAAAACAUUUUCAAAGCAGUUUUUAAUAAAUAAAAAUUCCCAAAUAAGGUUCAGAUAUCACAAACUGAGUGUGGGAGCGCACUCUGACACAAACUGGACCGUUCAUAAAUUGGGAGUGCUGUCUGAAUGUAGCGUUGGGUUAUCCAGAGCAGCGCACUCUCAGAGUGGCAGAGCACACUCUGGACACUCUGUCUGUGGAGACGGAGCAGCAGAGCGCCGAGCGGAGUGAAUGUGUGAUUAACUUAACCGUUGGUUCAUUCAUGUAGAAAUAUAACGCUCCGUUUCUUCCACCAACAGGGCUCUCAUUUUAGUGUAGAGCGUCAGACUGAAUUUACCAACGCACCAUGUCAGGUCACUCACUCUCCGGGACCGCCAGUGUUACUUGAAUAAGUAAACACUGACCAACGGGACCAGACUGGCCGACCCGUAUGCUCUCACUCAGUGGAUGGAUGAUGUCACAGGAAGCCAAUCUUACAAAGGAGGACCACACUUGUUUGUUUUGCUAUGGAAGCUAACGUUAGCUAAUGUGCUAAAAAGUUAGCGUUCCAGAGAAAUCCAAUAUUCCUUUUAAUCCCUCCCCAGUUUCUGAUGAGGUGGACAUGAUAACCCUUAAUACACAUAACCUUAUUCAUCCCUACGACAGGAAAUACUUUUUCCCUAACCUGAUAUGAAGUGUGCGCUGCACAUGUGAGCAUUUUUGAUGAUGGCCUCCGUCCAGUCCUUUGGUCUUAUCACAUUUAACCAUAGUUGUCUUUGUUUUUGUUGACGGGCAGUGGCAGCUGGUUUUGAGCCAUGACCCCUUCUAUUCUGGCUCCCAAUAACACAACAAGACAAACACAUUUUAACACUCCUAUGGAGCCUACAGCCCUGUGGGGGAGAGGCAGCUGCACCUCCAGCUGAUAACAUGAUGUCAUCGUGAUUAAACUCUACUGCACGGACACAGAAAAGUGCCAGAUGAGAAGAAACAACAGUGACUGAAAAUGAUUUAAACUGUUGAUUUAAGUUCUCAAGUUUUUAAGUUUCACACCUUUAAUUUUUUUGUACAGUCUCUGGUGCUGACUGACAGUCAGGACUGAGAUCAGACAAACUCAGAGCAAAAAAUAAUAAUAUGUUGUUUGGUGGUACAGCAGGGUCAAAAAAACACUGAAGGUAAAAACUUCCUAUUCAUUUUUUUUAGGUGUUUCAAUCAUUUUGUAGCCUCCCAGUCGUCCUCAUUAUGUGUGCAAAUCCAAAUAUUUUGGUUUAAGUGUGUGUGCUUUAGUGUCAAAAUGCCAUUUUCCCAAGCCACUUAAACCGCCAUCUGCUGCAGGUAAUACACUGGAUGUAUACAUCUGUUUAUACAGCAUAAAUGUGGUAUUAUAUCAUAUUGAAUCUGAGUGUCUUCACUGUUAGUUUAAGGUUUAAUAACAAUAAAAUAGAUGCAUCUUCCAGGGCAAAACUUUCCACUCUCUCCAUGUUUACACUGUCAGUAGCCCUUUUUACACUGCCUCUGUAAAGUGGGAAUGUAGUGCCCUGUUCCGCCUCGCUGUUCUGUGUCAAUGGUACGAUCUUGAAAUGGAGAGACAGAGUCAUCUCGCCUUUCAGCCAGCAGCGGAGGUACUAACGGUGCCAAAUUGACACCUCUGUAAAAGUGUGAGCUGGCAGGAUUGGACAGGGAGAUUUAAAAAGCAGUUAGCAGCUAACUCGAAGAAGAAAAACAGCCGAAAAUGUCCACAAAUCACGGAGACAAUGAGGCGUUCCCAGGCCAGACAAGACAUGUAAUCCCUCCUACGUCACUGCAUUUUGCUAACAGCUAAGAUAUAAAAACAUGGAAAAGAACGCAGAUGGACCGGCCCUUUAAAUGGGACAUUUUAAUUCUACUUGUGUUUUUUCUGCACCAUGUCAUCAAUGAAGAGAUUUAUUCUCAGCAGCUUCAAACGGUGCUCAGAUCAUGUUGAACAGGUCAUCGUCCUGUAAAGAAUGAUGUCACUAGGUGAUAACAAUAAGGAAACUGAUUCUGAUAUCCAGGUUGUCUUUAAUUUGAAGCUUUAGACUGAUUGUUAUUUUGAUAUUGUAUUUCUUUCACCUCUGUAUUUGUAGUUUGAAUUCAUUUCACUGAAGAAAGUUUUAUAUGGGUUGUUUCUAUGAUUGCUGUGUAUUUAUUGUUCUGCCUUGUUUCACCUCAGUUCAUAUCAAAGAGAAAAAAACAAAAACAAAACUGGUGUCCAGAGGGUUAAAAUAAGGAGACUGACUGAGGGGACAAAAUUCUCCUCAAU